AUGUUGAAUGCCAUCACGCCCACACACAACAGGAAGUCACAGCAGCCGGUGGCAGCGGAGGAGCCAAAGGCCACAGCGGCUACAGCCCGCCUCAGCCUGCUUGUCAGAAGAACUCCUUUAAUCGCUCGGUACCGCCAUGUGAUGUUCAAGGCCUCCUCCUCCUCCUUCUCCUCCUCAUCCUCCCAGCCAUCUCCACUUGCCAUGUGUCAAUCACCAGAGACUGCCCACAAUAAAGAGUCUUUGAAGGCUCUUGCUGAUGCCAUAUCUACAUAUCCCAGCAUUCACAGCAGUAGUCGGUUUGUGUUUGUUCCGGGUCCUGAAGAUCCUGGUCCAGGCUCCAUCCUGCCGAGGCCUCCUUUAGCAGAUCACAUCACUGAGGAGUUCAGACAGAGGGUGCCAUUUUCUAUCUUUACUACUAACCCAUGCAGGAUUCAGUACUGCAACCAGGAGAUUGUAAUCAUUAGAGAAGACCUGGUCAACAAGAUGUGCAGGAACUGCAUCCACCUGCCCAAUAGUAAUCUUGACAUUCCAAACCAUUUUGUUCGGACUAUCCUUUGCCAGGGUCACUUGACUCCACUCCCUCUGUACGUCAGUCCUGUUUUCUGGGCGUAUGACUACACCUUGCGCAUCUACCCCGUCCCUGAUGUCAUCAUCUUUGCUGACAAAUAUGAUCCCUUCAACAUCUCCAACACCGACUGCAUUUGCCUCAAUCCGGGCUCAUUCCCACGCAGUGGCUUCACAUUUAAGGUGUACUACCCAUCCAACAGAACUGUUGAGGACAGCAAACUUCAAGGUCUUUAAAGGACAAC